AUGGGGACAGUGUUUAGUGGACUGACAAAAGAAGACAUUAAAGCAGUAAAGCAGACAGGAUGCCGCCUGCCGCCCAAGCAGAUAAAGCUUCUGUACAAGCGAUUCAAAGACUUAGACAAGGAAGAAAUCGGAAGAAUAUUUGUAGAUCAGCUACUUUGCAUUCCUGAGAUAAGCAUAAACCCACUUGGCGAGAAAGUGGCCCGAAAGAUAUGCGAUGAAGAGGGGAAAAUCGAUUUUAAUGGAUUUGUGUCUGCUGUUACAAUAUUCAGUAAAUAUUCAACAAAUGAGGAAAAAGUACGAUUUUUCUUUAAUUUAAUAUCCACAAAUGGAAGAGUUACUAGAAGAGAUCUGGAGGAGAUAGCCAGUAAUCUAUACCCAAAGGAUGAAAAAUCAGAAGAGAUUCAAGCAGGAAUUGACGAUGUAUUUAAAGUAUACGAUAAGCAAAACAAAAAUUUUAUAGAGUGUAAAGACCUUAAAGGCAUGGAUUGUAAUGCUCUUGGUAAAAUAUUCUAAGUGGAAUUGCCAUAUUUGGAAGUAAACAUGUUUCUGUAUUAUUCCAAGUAAAAUAAAAAUAAACCGU